CCUCAGUCGACGCCGGCAGCGGUCGCUCACGUCGCUUAAAAGCAUCAACAAAAACAAAAUUUUUUUUUUCGAAAAAAAUCGUUCUCUGCGUUCGCAUCGCGGCCGCUGGCCUGAAAAUUCGGAAAAACUCGCGGAAAAGCCGGUAACUAGGCAAAACUCGACCUGUCAAUAGCCGCUAAAAAAUCGAAAAAAGAUCGCGAGUGUGGCCCGUAAAAAAAAUUGUGCCGAAUUGGAAAACUUGGGCGAAAAACGCACCCAAAAAUAAAGAAAAUUUGGAAAAAAAAAUUUUUUGAAACAGUUUUGUUUUUGUUUUGUGCACCGGCGUCUAUUUUUUGUCUGACGCUUCACCAGCAACUUUUGGCAUAAAUAUUUAGCCAAAAAAUCUUAUACAACAAAAAUAUUGAAAAUAUUUAAAAAAAAAAAUGGAAAUUUCAAAGCCAAGCAUGGAGUAUCUAAAACAGCUAUCUUGAAUUUCCUAAAAAAACAACAACAACAACGAUAAAAGCAACAACAAAAUACACUAAACAGUGAUAAGUUUUGAAAAAUUGUUUCCAAAAUCCCCAAUCUCUAUUCAAAAAUUUACAAAAAAUACAAAGAGAAAAAGCUAAAAAAUAAAAGCUUUAAAAAAUUAAGGGAAAAUAACCAAGCAGUGCACGUGUAUGUGUAUGUGUGUGUGUGUGUGUGUGAUUGCGGGUGUUUGUAACGGUAAAACAAAGCCACACCGAUGAAACCCCAAAUGCAACAAAAAUAGAAACAAGUGAAAUAAAAAAAAACAAAACAAAAAAAAAAUAAAAUAAAAAACAAACAAAAUAGAAGAAUUGUAAUUGUAACGGUAAUCUGAGAGAGUGAACUGGAAGAAUUGGCUUUUGUUGGCAGAGCAUGGAUUUCCCCUCCCCCCAACCGCCCGCACCCCCCACUGCACCAUCUACGGUAUUCGCUAAAGCCUGGCCCUUAAAAUAAUAAGCGCCAGCCGAAUGCCAUAAAGAUGCCACCGCUGCAACGGAAAAAAUUCAACCACCAACAAUUUGUGCAUUUAAAAGGUCAAAGUGUCAAUAAGAAUAUUGACAGCUUUGUUUCAGACAUUUUCAAUCGAUCGGAUAUAGCUGACAGAAGAUCGACUAUAAACCCGACAGCAAAUAAAAAAGUUCGAACUAAAGACAGAUUCAAGAUUGGCAGUAACAAUAGCGAGAAAACUAAGGGACAUUUCCAUUUAAGUAGCACCCCAGACGUCAUCACCUUUUUGUCGUCACCAUUUGUUGCAUCCUCCGCCGCCUUGGUAAAUGCGACAUGCCAGGCGGAGGAAGGACAAAGUUCAGCAGGAUCACACAAAACAGUAAACAACUCUUGCAGAAACUUCUGGUUAAUUUGUGGUCUGUAAUUGCAUAUUAAUUGCAAAAUUGGAAGGAAUUUAAUAAUCAAUUUGGAAGAAACAUGCAGAAUGGUCUAGGGCCCACACUGCGUAUGAGUGAUAUUUGUGGCCAAGGUUCAACGCUGCGUAUGAGU